AUGAGUAAGAAAGUGAGAAGGAUUAACCACUACAAUAGCAAGCAAAAGAUAUUACUUGGUGAAGAAGGGGACUUUUCAUUUUCUGCUUGUUUAGCCAGAGCUUUUGCCUCUGCCACUAACAUGGUUGCCACAUCCCUCGACUCCGAACUGGCUUGCGUGACCCAGACAGUGAAGAACAAAAGGCUUGUGGAGUCAUUCUUCAAGAGUGCGCGAGAGAUGGAUCAUCACCCUUACAAUGAAUGGAAUUUGGUGAAGCGCGCAGACAAAUCAGGACUUGUUUUGAAAGAGAAGGUGGCGUUUAGUAAAGAAGACUACCCAGGCCACCAUAACAAGAGAGGUGGGGGAAUCAAGAGUAAUCAACAAUUCCCUAUUCGACAUACAUUUAUCUUCAAGUUCUGUCUCGUAUCAAGCUCCACACAAUCACUUGCUGAUAAUUUUGAUCAGAAAAAUGCGACUGUUGGUGAUAAUCUCAGCUCAGUUUCAACAAACUAUACCAUUUUCGCCCAAUCAAAUAUUCAGUUCUAA